UACCAGUUGAACGUGAAACGCCACGUGUCUGGAGGAUAUUCUGUAGACCUCUCCCCUACUCUUUUUUCCUCAGAAAUUCUGAGAGCGUGGAUAAGACCCACUCCACAAAUAAUCUCAUCCCGAGUUCCAGAAAAUAGCAGCGAGCAGUUGCAAAGGGAAAGAAACUUUUAGAAGAUAAUAAAAAGACAAAAAAAAAUAUAUAGAAAACACAGUUUUGUUUGUCAAAAAAUGGAGGUGGGUAUGUCGCUAAAUGCGCUGGUGAGGCUACCUCUAUCGAGUACUUCAAGAACCCACCACGAAGCAGUCGGUGGAUUGGUGAAGCACUCGCUGUUCAGUUCCAGAACCACGACGUGGCAGCAGCAGAGUAAGAGACAGCAACAGAGACGAGGGAUGCUGGUGGUAGAAGCCAAAGGGAAGAAAGGAAUGGCAGCUCGUCAGUUUCGAAGGCCUCCACCUCCUCCUUUGCCUACGAUCGAAGACGAUGGCAACCCUCGCUUUGUCAUCUUCAUCCGCAUGGCCAAUGUUAAUCUAUGGUAUCCACUUAGUCUUGUAACAGGUGGCACCACAGCCAAAAUCAUGGUCGCAGCAAAGGACAAUUUCCUUGGAAAAUACAUCUACAAAGAUACGCUUGCUAGAAAUCUCGCAGCAGUUAUUUACAGAGAUGAGAAGGAGAUACAAAAGACAGCAUUUAAACAAUUCCGUGUGUUGCGAUCUGCAACUGAGUUCAGAUAUGGCUACAAACUUGUUGAAAAUGGUAAUGUGAGAGCUGCGCUCGCUACCAACAAUGUUAUUGAGCUUCCAACACAAGACCAGCUUAAAACAGUGCUUGAUAAAGUGAAAGACUUCUUUGGCGAUGCAAAAGAGUCUUUUGGGAAGAUAACAGCGCUAGACUCUUCCACACCUGAGGAGUCAGAGGAAAAAUCCACAGAAAAGGCCAAGGUUAAAGGUUGAGGAUAGACUAGCCAUUUGGUUGUCAUAGUCAUUGGUCCUGGAAUUGGAUGCUUCAUGUGCUCCAGGAAUGUUUCAAGCACAAAAAUUCUGCUGCAAAGUUUUGUUCAUGAUUAUAUGUUUAUUUACCACAAAUGUUCUGUCAGUAAGUUUAAGUGCCAAUCGCAGAUUUUGCGCAUAUAUCAAAUAUUUGUUUUGAAUUACCACAAUAUGAAAUGAAAUCUAUAGUGGGCACUGGAAACAUUA